AUGGACAAGUUUGGUAAAUUAGACAACAGGGAAAAAACGAUCGCGGUAAUUGGGGAUAGAUGGUGGGCAAACGAGGCCGUAGAGAACGGGGAUAAGAUGUGCAAUAAAUUUUUAUGUAGUUUGUGGCAGAAACGUAAAAAGCUCCCAAAUGUUGGUGGUGUCUCUAGUAGGGGUAGGAACGGUGCUCCGUCUCGAAAGGGACGCGUGGUUCAUGCCGGAGGCAGAGCAGAGGACUGCGCAGAGGCUGCUGAGGGCGAGACGGUGGAGCGAGCGCUCGUCCAAGCCAGCGGCAGCGGCAGCGGGAGCGAGGAUGACGACGACGAUGAUACUGGUGCAGAGGGAAACGCCGGUGGUAGCGGUGAUGAUGACGACGGCGACCAUCCUGAAGGCGGCGUCGGCGGCGGCGGCAGCAGCGGCGGUAGCGGUGCUGACGCUCGGCAACAGCGGCAUCCCAAACGGCGUCGACCGUCGUCGUUUGCUGGCGCCGGUGGCGCCGGCAAGCGCCGGGACGGCAAGGGCAAGCGCCGCCCGCAGGACAAGUUCAGCGUGGCGAUGGAGAGCCUCCACGUCACUGCCGUGCCCAAGUCCCUCCCCUGCCGCAACGACGAGCGGAACCAGCUGCUGAGCUUCCUCACGAGCAACAUCAAAGCCGGUGGUCUGGGAAACGCGCUGUUCGUGGCCGGCAUGCCGGGGACCGGGAAAACGGCGACGGCGCACGAGGUGGUGAGAAUCCUGAAGGGACAGCAAGCAAGAGGCCUGCUGCCGCGCUUCAAGCUGGUCGAGCUUAACGGGAUGAGGCUUACAGAGCCCCACCAGGCGUACCCCCAGCUGUGGAUGGCCCUCUCCGGAGAGAUGCUGUCGCCGAAGCGAGCGCUGUACAAACUGGAGAAGUACUUCUCGCGGGGCGACCCCUCGAGGGAAUUCGUGGUGCUACUAGUGGACGAGCUGGACUACAUGACCACCCGUAAGCAGACGGUGCUUUACAACCUGUUCGAGUGGCCCAGCAGGCGAAACGCGCGGCUGGUGGUGGUCGGCAUCGCCAACACCAUAGACCUGCCGGAGAGGUGCCUCCCGCGUGUCAGCAGCCGGGUCACCUCGAGGCUCACGUUCGGACCCUACACGAAAUUGCAGCUCGCCGAGAUCUUACAAGCGCGAUUGGUGGAGGCGAACGCCAUCGGGGGCAAGGCGAGCUCCGUCGAGGGCAAGGCGUUCGACAACGGCGCGAUCAACAUGGCCGCGGCGAAAGUGGCGUCGUCAUCGGGAGACAUGAGGAUGUGCCUCAAGUACUGCCGCAGGGCUAUCGAGGUGUGCAAGGCGAGAGUGGAAUCCGCCAAAGAGGACGGCAAUGGGGACAAGGUGUCUUGGGAGGUCUCCGUGAAGGACGUUCACGUUGCGGUUCGGGAGAUCAACGAGCAGGCUCACCUGGUGGCCGUGAGGGACUCGGCGCCCCAGGAGAGGCUGCUGCUCGUGGCCAUCACCAACGAGGUUCACCUCGGGGGAAAGGGCGUGGUGGAUAUGGACGACGUUCGGACGCGGAUGGAAGGGAUCUGCAGGGCGCACCCGAACGGGCCGAGGAUGCCCAACGUGACCACCAUCUUGGAGAUGAUAUCAAGGCUGGCAGCGGCUCAGGUGCUCGAGCUGGUUCUGUCGCGACGGACCCCCCUGCCAGAUGUGGAGCUCAACAUGACCGUCCGGGAUGUGGUGCAAAUGUUGAGGGACGAUGAAGAAUUUUCCCGGAAAGUUCUUCCGGACGCCCUUGUCAGCGAGUACCCGACGACUUCCUCGCUGCCGGGUUAAACGAAAAAAGUCGACCGUGUUUUUUUUUGCGUUUUUUUGGGAGUGCACACGCGCUGUGCGGUUUUUGUGUAGAGAGUUGUGCCGCAAUGUAGUGCAGAAGGCGAACGCUUGAGAGCGAGAGACAAGGCGGUCGCGAAUUUUCGUUCACAUAUCUCUGGUCAGGCCCCCGUUUUUCCCUUUGUGUUUCAUGUGCAGAUCGGCCAAUGUAGGGAGCGGCAAGGCGGAGAGGCGUUUCAUAUCAUUGACGGCGUGUUGGCUUCUUGGUUUGACGGGGGAAACAGAUUGGGAGCUUCAAGCCUUCAAGACAGCACUCUCACAAGUACGAUGAUGCGUUCUCUUCAUACGCACAGAGUUUCACCCGUCCCUCCCACGCGUGGAAUGGUCAAGC